UAAAGGUCAGCUAUAGCUCUCGAUAUAUAGACUUUUUCACCUUAGUUGUAGAAUUCUUACAAAAGGGAUCGGAUGAACAAUCCAACUAGGAUUAAAAUGAGGUUUAUGAUCAAUUUAGCUUAUGACAGAGGUUGACACCAAACCAAAAAAGGCUAAUCAUUUUCUUUUAUUGUUUUCCUCCUCUCUUCAUGUUUUAUUGAUCAGAAGCAUCCAAUAGUGCCACACCAGUAAAAAGAGUGUUGCUGCUAAGCUAAGUUGUUGCUGGGAACUCGGUAGCUUUUAGUGUGCAAAGAAUUUUUGGAUUAGUUGUUUGUUUAUAGAGCGAAUGAAUAAUAGCCAAAUGGGAAAGGAAGAGACGAAAUCUAGCUCUUCUAAUUUACUAAAGAAGUUGGAGAAAUAUCUAUCAAUGAAGAAAGUAAGUGGAGCAAUUUUGUCCAAGAGCAAAUCAUGGCAUGGAAGAAACAGCACAAUAGCUCCAGAAGGGUGCUUUUGGGUUUAUGUUGGGCCAGAGAAAGAGAGGUUUGUCAUAAAGACAAAGUAUGCAAGUCAUCCAUUGUUCAAGAUGUUGCUUGAAGAUGCUCAAAAGGAGUAUGGUUAUAGUUAUAGCCAAGGCCCAAUUUUGUUACCUUGUGAUGUUGAUCUCUUCUACAACGUGUUGGCUGAAAUGGGCAGUAGCAAAGAGAUUGAUGAUUCAAUUUGUGGAUCAUGCAGUACCUUAUUUAGUCCUGGUAGGCGUUUGGGUAAUAGCCAAAUGGCUAGAGGUUAUGGUUCUUUUAGGGUUCUUACCCCACCGCCAAGAUUGUUCAAGCGCCUCAACUCUUUCAAUAGUGGGUAACAAGUAUGUCAAUAGAGGCACCCAAAAAGGUCUUGAUUGUCAAUGAACGAAGCGGGUGAAAAUUAUAUAGUAUAAGAUAUCAUGGUUCAAAUCUCAGCAAGACAAAAAAAUAGCUGUGGUGCAUGCAAGCUAACUGGAACACCAUUAUUACAAAAAAAAAGUAUGUCAAUCGCAACAUUUACUUAAUUAGAAGCCUUUUUUUUUAUUGGUUUUUAUGUUUCUCUUAAAGGAAUGUGGAGUUUGUAAACUGCACUUAUAUAUGUGUGUGAGAUCCACCCCAGGUGCAAAUAUACACCAAAGGAGUGGAUCUAUGUG